UGUCAAAAUAUUAAUGAUAAUAAGAAUUCUCGAUAACUUUGUUUUGGUUUUGGUGAUUCUAAAUGCGAUUCUAAAUUUCACAUAUCGAAAUUAUAAUGGUUAAGGUUGACAUAGAAUAUUGUGGUUUUUGUAAUUUUGAAAAACAAUGUCAUGAAAUUUCAGAAGUCAUUAAAAGUAGAUCACCAGAUGCAUCAGUAAAUUGUCACAAGGGAAGGCAGGGAGCUUUCGAAGUAAAAAUAGAUGAUGAAUUGGUUUAUUCGAAAAUUCAACGCGUAGCUUUUCCAGAUUAUUCAUCUGUAGCUGAUAACGUUCAGCGAGCAGCUGAAGGAAAAACAUUAGAAAAAAUUCAAGAACAAAAAAUUAAUGAUUGCUGUUUGUCAUAAAUAUGGAGUACUUCAGUGAUUUCGUCCAAUUCUGAAUUUGUGUAUAAUAUUACUUUGAUAAAAAUUUGCAUAUUUCCUGUCCAAAUUUGAAAAAAGAAAAUUGUCAAGGAUGUUUUGAUAAGCUCAUUGCAAAAAAUAUAGUUUUAUCCAAAAAUUGUAUUUUUCCCUAUCUGCAGGAGAAGUGAGUUAGAAAUUUUGUGUAUGGAUUUCAUCAAAACUUAUUUACAUCUUUAACCAGAACUUGUGAAUCGGUAUCUAAAAAUUAACUUGAACAAAAUUUUCGCUUUGAAUAGAAGAAUUUAAAUUGACUAAGGAAAUUAAACAAUGCAGCAACAGUUAGAUAUUUUAAUUGAGAGUUAAUCAUGUUAUUUUUUCUAGAUUUUGUAAUAAAAGUAGUUUAGAUA